GAGCUGAAGGCAGACGCUUAACCGACUGAGCCACCCAGGCACCGCAUCAUCUGUAGUGAUUCUUGGAACUAUUUACCAAACCAUAGAAUUUGAGUCAGGAUUAGAUAUUCUCCCACUACCUUCUUCACUUCUUUUUGAUACUUCCACAAGGAGAUCUAGGAGUGUAGGAGAGCUCCAGAGAGAGACCUAAGUCAGUGAUUCCAGUAGGUAUUCUUAAAAUUGACCUGUGUAGCAGAAUACUCAAUUAAGAUUUUAAUGGUAGGUCUUCAAAUGCUUUUGUUAAUUAAAUUCCAUCUUAAUGUGGUUUUAGUUUAGUUUGUCUUUCUCUGCUUUGAUGUUGUAGAUUCUAGAUCAUUUUAAAAAGAGACAUAAUUAUUGAUCUUUCAUCUAUUAGUGAGGGACUAGUAAUUCUAAAGACCAAUACAUGAGUGCUCUCAGAAAUUUUUUCUUGCUGUAAAAACGAGUCCUAAUUUGAAUAUUAUCUACUUUGACUUUACAGUCCUCCUCUAUACCAGUAUUAUAAAAGGAGUAUAUUAUAUACUAAUGUGUUGGGGAAAUGACAUAACAAGUUAAAGAGUUGAAUCUUUUGGUUCUUUUUUACCCUCAUAGGUAAGAAAUGCCUGUUUAAAAGUGAAACCUUGGGCCUUGUCAAGAAUUUUGUCUCCCUGAUAACAAAUUUUCAUGAUGUUCUAGCCAAAAUACUUUCUCAUUGAGUACCUUAUCAGUGUUCUAGACUAUACUAGUCAUUUUCUUUUCUCUCUUCAGACUCAAACUUGAUUUAGAUUCCUCAUCUUGCCCAGGACUUACCAUAUUGCUUAUAAAUGAACUGGGUUAGACAGGGAAUGAUAUGUCAUUAUGGUGUAGGUACAUCGGAGAUAUUGCUUCAUGGUGAUUUUUUGUUCUUUUUCAGUGUUCCAUUGGCAAGCUACAAUAAUGGGGCCAAAUGACAGUCCCUAUCAGGGUGGAGUAUUUUUCUUGACAAUUCAUUUCCCAACAGAUUACCCCUUCAAGCCACCUAAGGUUGCAUUUACAACAAGAAUUUAUCAUCCAAAUAUUAACAGUAAUGGCAGCAUUUGUCUUGAUAUUCUCCGGUCACAGUGGUCUCCAGCACUAACUAUUUCAAAAGGUAAUGGAAUGGGUAUCUGAUAUUAAGAUAAAGCA